CUUCCUCCUUAUCUGCCAGUCCUGGGCUGUGUGUGCAGGGAGGAGACCAAGUUCUCCCUCCCCCUGGGCAGGGAUUGUAGUGCAGACUGUCAUGCUGCAGUCGGUGGAGGAGGAUUAUAGUGCACAGAUAGAGGUAUUGGCAGGGGAUUGGGUCUGCCAAUCUGGAGCUGCGGUGAAUGGCUCAGAUCUACUAAUUCUCCUCGAACAACCAGCUCAGCACACCCAGCCCAUCACACGCAGCCACCCUGCUCCAAGACAUGGGGGAGAUCCCCAGCUUAGUGAAGAUCGCGGUCUCCCUUAAGAUCCAGCCCAAUGACGGUCCGGUCUAUUUUAAGGUGGACGGACAGAGGUUCGGCCAGAACCGAACAAUCAAACUGCUAACAGGGGCGAAAUACAAAAUCGAGCUGGUCCUCAAACCGGGGGCAGUCAGAGCCAAGACUAUGAACUUAGGUGGCGUGAUUAUACCAUUGGAAGAGAAAUCACGGGAUCCUCAACUUGUCUGUUACACAGCAGCCUAUGACACAGAAGGGGUGGCACACACGAAAAGUGGGGAGAGACAACCCCUUCAAGUCAUUAUUCAGUUUGAUGACAUUGGGAAUUUUGAAACUGUAUGGCAAGUCAAGUUCUACAAUUAUCACAAAAGAGAUCACUGCCAAUGGGGGAACAGCUUCAGCAGUAUCGAAUACGAGUGUAAACCCAAUGAGACACGCAGUCUGAUGUGGAUCAACAAAGAGAUGUUCCAUUAAUGGUUAUUCAAUUUCACCAGAAACGGACAGUCUUACGGGAAGAUCAACUUGAACCAGCACUAAUAGCCAACUGAAAAAAGCCACUGAACACAGCAUACAUUGCAUAUCAUGAGCUACGAACCACUUUCUUGACUUUGAUGACUAAUUUGAUGUUUAUUUAGAUAAUCUAUAUCAGUGCAAAUACAUGUUUCUAUUAAUUGUGUAUUUUCCAGAUUGUUUUGCUUAUUGUAUUAUUUUAUAAAUACUGUUGUUAUUUAUGUAAUUGCUCACUGUUUGGAAAUCCUAUUUUUUUUACAAGUAGUAUUUAAAUGUUUGUUUCAACAAAGGGGGAAAAAAUGGCUUAAAGUGGAGGUAACUAGCUAUUUUUUUAUGUGAUACUUUUUUUUUAUCAUUAUUUAUAAGUUGGUAUCUAUUUAUUAACCCUGUCAACCUUUUUAACCAGUGUUGUUUACUGAUGCAAUCAGCUGCUCUCCUGGACGAAAAGUUUUUUUUAACAUUAAUUUUGCACCUCAGUUGCCAACUCAGUACAACUGAUUAUUCGGCGGUUAAACCUCUAAUGAAGUCCUUCAUUUUUUUUGGCUUUUGUGAUUGCACCAUAGGUAAUAAUUUAAGGAUUUACUCACUAAACAUUAAAAUACAGCAAAUUGAAAUCCAAAAUGAACAUUUUAUGCUAACAUUUAUUAAAACAACUCCCUCCAUGUGAUCAUCUUGAAUAUUUCAGUCUAAAUUUUGCAUUUAUUUAUUAGUUUGCUUCAGAUCACUAUUUAGUGAAUAAACCCCUUGUGAUCAACUGAUAUUAGCUGGAUAUGUACAUGUGUCUAAAAUUCUUAUUGGAUGGAGACCAUUUUUUUUUUGUUUUGUUUAAGGGAAACUGUUGUUUUGUGCCUUUUAACCCUAUUGCAGUGUACAGUAGAGUAGUUUUAUGUUUUACUAUUUUUAUACAUUUUUGUACCAUUUUAAGUGUUCGUGUAGUGUAUUUGCUUUCUUAUCAUUUACUCCUCAUGUUGUUUAUUUGAAGUAAUGAAAACUGCUUAUCUAAUGCUCUGUGUGCCAGGUUAGCAUUAUUCAGUUCAUAUGGAGAAACAGACAUGCUCAUUGCUUGAUUAUGGCUACAUUAUUAAUUUGAGACACCUAUUUUAAAAAAAAGGGCUUUAAAGUUUUUAAUAGUGCAAUACAGCCAUGCCCAGAAUUAUAUAUUGUGUGCCAAUUGGCACAGCCUUCUCAGGUGCCCCUAGUAGCCCCAAUUUCCAGUUUAUCGGCUGCUCAAUGAUUUGAUGAACACUCAAGAGUAAGAGGAUACAUUUUUCACGAACUCCCUCUGCAAAUAAAUAAAAAUGCUAUUAUCAAGCAUUUAAAGAAAAAGUCCUGAAUAGAUGCCUACAGUUAAUGACCUCCAUGAGGAAAAGGGCGUGGUAUUAUUUCCUCAGGAAAGCAUCUAAAUAAAAAUGAUAUAUAAUAACCAUAAAUUGCAGUAGCAAGUGAUAACAGAAUAUAUGGAUACCUUAUAACGUUAAAAUGGCACAGAUUGAACUGUCAGGUUAAUAGUAACAAAAUGGUUCUUAAACGGUGAGUUGCGUUUUCUCCUAUUGAAUAAAUUGAUGUUUCCUUCCCACCUUAAA